AUGAAAACCUGCUGGUGGUUGUUCUACGCGGUCGCUUCGUUUGCCAUUGAAAACCAUGCUUCGUUCAGCAUUAAUUUCCAGCGGGUUCUUGAACCGCCGAUGCAUCACUACAGUCAUGUCGGCCACAGCGCGACAUUACGCAACGGAAAGGAGGUGUGGGUUCAUCUGAAGGCGAAGCAGACCAAAGAGUACUUUUUCGAGGUGAAGGAGGAUGGGUCGUCGCUGAGAAUCACCAUUACUCCCUGCGGGGGUCUGAUACACUGGAAACUCGUUAAACUACCGAACGACAGGCAAAAGGAGAAGCUCUUCUUUGCAAGUAAGCUGACCUGUAAACUUUCAGUGGUAAACAGUGAUCUGAUAUCAUACGAUGAUGAUAUGACUAGUGAUGUUGAUGGCCUGACCACUGGUGAGAAGUAG